AGGGUUCAUUCACGAGUUCACUGAAAGUAUGUUAUUAUUUUUGCAACGGACUCGCAGAGUAGGAUAGUCCUUAGCAUUAAAACAUUGUCUUCAAUUUUCUCAUGUCAUUUUAUUCGUUCAUUUCGGAGCUUGAGCUCCAAAAGGUACAUUGCUCUGACGCACUCGAGGAUGAAUGGAGAAAGUAAACAAAACGACCCCAGGUAGUCAAGAAACUGGACUAGGCUAACGUUACUCGUAGGUGGAUAACUUUAACGUUACAUUUUAAUCCAUGUCGUGCUUAGUCUUUGUCGUUGUGCUUUUUUAACUCCACACAACUCUCCUAAUUAUUAAACAUGACUGAAGAAGAUACGGAUUUUCCUAACGAGUUGCUGGGUAAGACACUUUUUAACAGUAAUGUAAUUUAUUUUGCCUAAAAUGACUAGAAUCCUUCAUUUUAAAUGUCAGCUGUUUCUCAAGUUUUCGAGCUGCACCUGAUUGCCACAUACCUUUGGACACAAAGUUGGGGAGAAGAACUGGAGGUGUGUCUUGAGAAAUUCCCUCAGACUGUGAUGACACCAAUGGGAUGACACAGGCCUCCUCUAGGAUAGACUAAUGUAUGGAUGAACCAUUGUCAUAUUAUGCAAAACACAAGACAUACAACAAUUCCAGACAGCCAUAUGAUAUUUCUUCCUCAGAGUUUUCCUCACAGUAAUUUCAAAAUGUUGUAUUUUUGUUUUGAGAAUGGACACUGAUCAAGUUAUGGAACCACCACGAAAAUGAUAACUGCAAAAAACUGUUUUCAGACAUAAGUUUCAGAGAACUGUGGAUACAUAAAUAGAUGGCAGUCUGGGUCAUGUUUGGAAAUCUCCCUGUCUAUAAAUGUUUUGAUCUGAGUUGAUGACCUCAUGUCCAGAGUGUGGAGAAUUCCAGAGUGAUGUAAUCAAGAGUUUCCCCCACUCUUGCCAGGAUUCCCUGAAAAACAAGACUACAAAAAAUUAGAGGUGCCUCACCAAAACAAAUCAGUCCCUCCCUCAGCUGUUUUCCUGGUUGGCAUCUGGCUUCCCUCUUAAUAUAAAUUUGACAACAGAAUCAUGAAACCAGUAAGAGGCCGAAGCUGGUUAAAGCUGUGUUGGGCACGAAAUUAAGCAAUAAUAUUAUUCUGACUGCUACUACAUGGGAGAAGAAAUUGCACCAAUGUUGAAUUACUAACCUCCCUAGCACUGCCAUAUGGCCUGGGGGAAACCCACUGUCUUUGGACUGUGUGGUAUUUUCAAUACUUAUGAGGUUUUUGAGUGUAGUGAUCAUGAAACGGACAUUAGGUCCACUCUUGAUACAACUGUUAAAAAACACCUAAAUGCAGGCAAAGUGGAUCCUAAAUUGGGUUGUUUUCCUAUCAAAAAGCAUUUCAGAAAACGUUCUGCUUCUGUUAUUCAUGAUUUCCCAGGCCAGGCAUUAGAGUUAUUUUGGAAUUUGUAAAGGCCUCCAGUAAGCCUAGCCCUGAACAUGCACUAGAGGAAAUGAUAGCAUGAUCGUAUCAGUGUUAAUCUUCCAAUUGUUCCUCCUAGAGAGUGUGAGAGAUGCCGUGGGAGGGAAGAUCAAGCUCACCCUGAAGAAGAGGGUGAAACUGGAGGUCAAAGGUGACAAACUGGAGAACCGAGUUCUGGUAAGACAUCAGGCCUGCAUUCUAGGCCCCCAUAUAAUUGGUUUCUCAUUGUGCAGUUCUCUAAAUGUAGCGUUAAAUGUGCAGACACAGCACAACCCUUCUAUGUAGGAGAACAUCAACUUGUCAUUCCGAGCACCCCAGUGUUUCCUCAUUCUCUCAAGGUUUACAUGUUUCUCAGCAAAACCUAAUUCCUGUGCCUCAUUCACAUAACAGUAGACCUGCAGUCGACUGUUUGACAAUAGAACGUUUGAAACACUACCUCACCACUUUCUGUGGACUUGAUAGACUGAAAUCAAUGUAUUGACUUCCUGAAACAAUUUGUUGUCUGCUGAGUAAUAUACUUGUUGCUUUGUAUGCAGAAUAUUGGAUUUUGUUGGUUGAAUGUUACAUUUUAAAUGUUACAGGAUGAACCUCCGCAACUGUCUCAAUUUUGUUAGCAGCUUCAGAGCACUUUCAAAAGAUAGCCAAAACGUAUUGGGUUUCAAUUGGAAUAUCAGUUGCCUCCAUCAAACCCAAGGAGGACCAGAGUCACUUCGGCCUCUUUCCAAACAAAGUUAUUUCUACAGUGUUGCAAGCCAAUCUUCUUUAACCCUAAGCCUUGGGCCGUGUUCAAUAGGCAUCGAAUGGAAAAAAACAGAGUAAAACAGGGAGGGACUACCUGGACUUGUCCAAUAAUAAGACAUUUUAUUUGCGCCUUUCAAAAUACCCAAGAACACUUACAUUUACGUUUUAGUCAUUUAGCAGACGCUCUUAUCCAGAGCGACUUACAGGAGCAAUUAGGGUUAAGUGCCUUGCUUAAGCUUAUCCAGGCUCUGUCGUAGCCGGCGCGACCGGGAGACCCAUGGGGCGGCGCGCAAUUGGCCCAGCGUCGUCCAGGGUAGGGGAGGGAAUGGCCGGCAGGGAUGUAGCUCAGUUGAUAGAGCAUGGCGUUUGUAACGGCAGGGUUGUGGGUUCGAUUCCCACAGGGGGUAGGAAAAAAAAUAAUGUAUGCAUUCACUAACUGUAAGUCGCUCUGGAUAAGAGCGUCUGCUAAAUAACAAAAAUGUAAAAUGUAAAUGUUAAGGGCACAUCGACAGAUUUUUCACCUAGUCGGCUCGGGGAUUAGAACCAGCGACCUUUCGGUUACUGGCACAACGCUCUUACCCACUAAACUACCUGCCGCCCCACUUACAGAAUAAUAAACUAUUUUUCAUUUUCCAUUGCAUGCCCUAAUGAAUACAGCCCUGUAUACAGAUGCUAUUCAGUCUCACCUCAUACUCAGCAACUUCAUCCUCCUUUAACCCUUUCCUCUAAGCUGUGGGCCAGCAAAGACAUGAAAAGCCUCAGACCCUACUUUCAAAAGACAUUUGAGCCCUCAGUCUUAGUGUAUUAUUGUGUAAGAGGAAGAACAAUGGAUAAGGUGGUGUAGGAGUAGGUCUACUAUUGGAUAUGGGCCUAUCUUGUUUCAUGUAACUGCAUGUCUCUAAACCCUGUGUGUGUGUGUGUGUGUAAGAAUAUUACUCCGCAGACAACGUAUAACAAAGUGUGUGUGUGUGUGUGUUGUACCACCUUGUUGUGUGUGUGUGUGUGUGUGUGUGUGUGUGUGUGUGUGUGUAGGGGUUUAAAAUAAGCUUGUUGGACACUCUUGGCACGCUAAUGUUUGCUGUACCACCCUCAAGAGUAAACAGAUAUAAACAAGGUUCUGUUUUAAUUGUAGAACAUGUGCAGCUGACUAGCUUUGGAAGAUACUCUGAAACACCUAUGUGUUUCCUAGUUCAUAAAAAGGACAAAUGUUGACAACUGAUUUUAAACACUUAAUAUAACGAGGAUAUAACUGACUCAUUACUCUAAAUACCCGUUCUCAACUCAUGAAACUCUAUACCAUUUUCCACAUCACAUUUGAAAGCAUGUAAUUUUCUGGAAAGUUGUCCUUCCUUAGAGUUCAGUGUGAAAUGGGCACACUGUAGGUUCUGGGGCCCUAUUGGACACACGGUAGGUUCUGGGGUUCUAUUGGACACACUGUAGGUUCUGGGGUUCUAUUUUCUUUGUAAAGUUCCACAAUUUAGUGGUAUGUAUGUUCACUGUCUCCUGUCUUGACUUGACACAACACUUCCCCCACAGGCACAGACUGAUAGCAUCAGACACUGAUUAACACAGCCCACCAUAUUGGCACAUUCUUAGGCCUUGCUAGAAUAGAGAUGUAUAUUCAUCGGCCAAACUCAAUGGUCAAAAUUUGGUUGAGCAGUCUUUAUCUGUAAGACACAAUGGAUAAGUGGGUCUUACCUGUAAGAACUGUUAUGUGAUUAAGUGUGUGUGAACAUACAAUACCCCUCCCCCUCUUUUUACACCUGAGAUACUGUAAAAUACAAUACAAAUCUGAAACAGAUUGUCCAGAGCAGAGAGGGGUGGGGUCUCCUGCCUCACACCCAGCCAUUAGCUCACAUAGCCACAGUCAAUGCUCAUAUUUGGCCUUGAGUAACCUCACUCCAAAAAAAAAACACAUACCACAGCUUUCUGGUCCACAGACAGUUAUCUCUCUUUCUCCUUUCGGCUAUAACUGUGUAUUUACCUGUAGCAUGAUACUAUUGCAUGUCUCUAGAAAUGAGUUAGCUACCACAGUGUGAUUUCAAUUGAGUUUGCACCAGUGUUGUUAAGAAGGGUUUAAAACACAGAAAUGAUAGCAAAGAUAAGAGACAAUGUUAAUUACGUAUGUCCCUAAUGUCUUGGUCCAACUCCAGAUCUCUUUCACUUGGCUCUACAGUUUAUAUUUAUGUUCCUUCUAGACAAUAACAGCUGCAAACCGCUGGUGGAAAGGCUGUCCAGUUCUAGUUGUACAGUUGUUGACUUCCGUUACGUCUCUCUGAUCUGUCUCUCUCUCUCUACAGGCGUUGGCAUCCCAUCGGGCCUUUCUGCUUACUGCAAGGGUCCCCACCAAGGUAAGGAGAAGUGUGCCGUGUGUGCGAGUGAGAGAGCGUACAUGCACAUGUGAGACACUGUGUGUGUGCGUGUUUGAUUAUGUGUUAUUGCAUAUCCUGAUCUUCCUAUAGCUCAAAUAGCUGCGUCCCACAGAAGCUUAAACACGAGUUUACUAGUGUACUGCAUGGUGCUACAUUUGUGCAAAAUGCUACGAGAGUUAAUAUCAAUAUUACUCAAGGCCAAUUAAGUUCUUGUGAAGUUGAAAUCACUCCAACUCCCUUUUUAUGUACUGUCUAAUGAUGUAAUGAUGACAGACAGGGAAUUCACUCCAUUACGACACAUAGUAAGUAGAGGUUUGAGUGAGUGGGAUGACUUCUGUCUGGAUGUAUUUAGGAAAUUCAAUUAGACUGACUGUCUUCCUCCCGCCCCCAGUCAUCCCAGACGGUCCUCCUUGGGAAUGUUUGGUUAGUCAAUCUCAGAGCGUGCUCCCGCUUGUUUUUGAGGAGCACUUCUGGAAUUCUCUCUGGUGCAGUGGCUGGCCCAAGGAGCAAGUCUCUGCAGAUCUCUCUCCAAUUUCUGUUUAACUUUUUUGACUCUCUCUAUCUCUCUCUCCCUUAAGGUUUAGGUUUUUCAGAAAGCAUUGACUGUUUUUCUUUCCCACAGGCUGCGUGUUCAUAGCUGCAUUGUGGGUAACAUAUCACAUGUCAUGGCAUAUGGUGGGACCUGCUCACUUGUGCCGGGCGGUAAUGUACUGGUUAACGAAUACCAGUAACUGCAACUACUUCACUGCAAUCUUUGGACUGUGCAUUUCUGAAUGUGGUGAAUUACAAAUACUAUGCCUUCAGAAAGUAUUCACACCCCUUAACUUUUCCACAUUUUGUUGUGUUACAAAGUGGGAUUUAAAUGGAUUUAAUUGUCAUUUUUUGCCAACGAUCUACACAAAAUUCUCGGUAAUGUCAAAGUGGAAGAAAUGUUUUAACAUUUGUAAAGGAUUUCUGAAAAAUAAAACACUAAUAUAUCUUGAUUAGAUACAGUUGAAGUCGGAAGUUUACAUACACCUUAGCCAAAUACAUUUAAACUCAGUUUUUCACAAUUCCUGACAUUUAAUCCUUGUAAAAAUUCCCUGUCUUAGGUCAGUUAGGAUCACCACUUUAUUUUAAGAAUGUGAAAUGUCAGAAUAAUAGUAGAGAGAAUGAUUUAUUUCAGCUUUUAUUUCUUUCAUCACAUUCCCAGUGGGUCAGAAGUUUACAUACACUCAAUUAGUAUCUGGUAGCAUUGCCUUUAAAUUGUUUAACUUGGGUCAAACGUUUUGGGUAGCCUUCCACAAGCUUCCCACAAUAAGUUGGGUGAAUUUUGGCCCAUUCCUCCUGACAGAGCUAGUGUAACUGAGUCAGGUUUGUAGGCCUCCUUGCUCGCACACGCUUUUUCAGUUCUGCCCACACAUUUUCUAUAGGAUUGAGGUCAGGGCUUUGUGAUGGCCACUCCAAUACCUUGACUUUGUUGUUCUUAAGCCAUUUUGCCACAACUUUGGAAGUAUGCUUGGGGUCAUUGUCCAUUUGGAAGACCCCGACCAAGCUUUAACUUCCUGACUGAUGUCUUGAGAUGUUGCUUCAAUAUAUCCACAUAAAUUUCCUUCCUCAUGAUGCCAUCUAUUUUGUGAAGUGCACCAGUCCCUCCUGCAGCAAAGCACCCCCACAGCAUGAUGCUGCCACCCCCGUGCUUCACGGUUGGGAUGGUGUUCUUUGGCUUGCAAGUACCCCCUUUUUCCUUCAAACAUAACGAUGGUCAUUAUGGCCAAACCGUUCUAUUUUUGUUUCAUCAGACCAGAGGACAUUUCUCCAAAAAGUACUUUGUAUCUUUGUCCCCAUGUGCAGUUGCAAACCGUAGUCUGGCUUUUUUAUGGCGGUUUUCGAGCAGUGGCUUCUUCCUUGCUGAGCGGCCUUUCAGGUUAUGUUGAUAUAGGACUCGUUUUACUGUGGAUAUAGCUACUUUUGUACCUGUUUCCUCCAGCAUCUUCACAGGGUCCUUUGCUGUUGUUCUGGGAUUGAUUUGCACUUUUCGCACCAAUGUACGUUCAUCUCUAGGAGACAGAACGCAUCUCCUUCCUGAGCAGUAUGACGGCUGCGUGGUCCCAUGGUGUUUAUACUUGCGUACUAUUGUUUGUACAGAUUAAUGUGGUACCUUCAGGCAUUUGGAAAUUGCUCCGAAGGAUGAACCAGACUUGUGGAGGUCUACAAUUAUUUUUCUGAGGUCUUGGCUGAUUUCUUUUGAUUUUCCCAUGAUGUCAAGCAAAGAAGCACUGAAUUUGAAGGUAGGCCUUGAAAUACAUCCACAGGUACACCUCCAAUUGACUCAAAUGAUGUAAAUUAGCCUAUCAGAAGCUUCUAAAGCCAUGACAUAAUUUUCUGGAAUUUUCCAAGCCGUUUAAAGGCACAGUCAACUUAGUGUAUGUAAACGUCUGACCCACAGGAAUUGUGAUACAAUGAAUUAUAAGUGAAAUAAUCUGUCUGUAAACAAUUGUUGGAAAAAUUACUUGUGUCAUGCACAAAGUAGAUGUCCUAACCGACUUGCCCAAACUAUAGUUUGUUAACAAGAAAUUUGUGGAGUUGUUGAAAAAACGAGUUUUAAUGACUCCAACCUAAGUGUAUGUAAACUUCCGACUUCAACUGUAAGUAUUCAACCCCCUGAGUCAAUACAUGUUAGAAUCACAUUUGGCAGCAAUUACAGCUGUGAGUCUUUCUGGAUUAGUCUCUAAGAGCUUUGCACAACUGGAUUGUACAAAAUGUGCACAUGAUUCUUAAAAAAAUUAUUCAAGCUCUGUCAAGUUGGUUGCCGAUUAUUGCUAGACAGCCAUUUUCAAGUCUUGCCAUAGAUUUUCAAGCAUGUUUAAAUCCAAAUUGUAACUAGGCCACCUAGGAACAUUCAAUGUCAUCUUGGUAAGCAAUACUGUGUUUUGGGUUAUUGACCUGCUGAAAGGUGAAUUUGUCUCCCAGUGUCUGUUGGAAAGCAGACUGAACCAGGUUUUCCUCUAGGAUUUUACCUGUGCUUAGCUCUAUUCUGUUUAUUUUUAUCAUAAAAAAGACUCCCUAGUCUUUGUCGAUGACAAGCAUGCCCAUAACAUGAUGCAGCCACCACCAUGCUUGAAAAUAUGAAGAGUGGUACUCAGUGAUGUGUUGUGUUGGAUUUGCCCCAAACAUAACACUUUGUAUUUUUCAUACUGGCCCUCCUGUAGCUCAGUUGGUAGAGCAUGGCGCUUGCAACGCCAGGGUUGUGGGUUCGAUUCCCACGGGGGGCCAGUAUGAAAAAUGUAUGCACUUACAAACUGUAAGUCGCUCUGGAUAAGAGCGUCUGCUAAAUGACUAAAUUGCUAAAUGUAUUCAGGACAUAAAGUUCAUUUCUUUGGCACUUUUUUUGUGUGUGCAUGUUUUGGAAUAUUUUUAUUCUGUACAGCAGUGGUCACCAACCUUUUCUGAGUCAAGAUCACUUUCUGAUCAAAAUGCAACCCAAGACCUACCGCUCAGAUUUGUUUUUAACAUGACUUAAAAAGUGUAAGCCUACGCAACAUUAACCUAUUAAAAACAGUACAGUAGCAAUGAGGUUUGUGCAGUGGGCUAUAGGCCCAAUACAUAAUCACCAGAUAUUGGCUUUGCUUGAAAUGCCCUGCCAAUGCAUUGUUGUUCAGAACAUUUAAAAAUAUAUAUAUGACCAUACUGGUAAUAGAUCAGUUGUUGUAUUACUUGCGAGGCACAGCUGAGUGAGCAUACAUUUAAAUAAUUAGCUUUUUAUUUUACUGGUCUGAUAGUGCCUGCAUCUGAUGGUCAGUCUCAGCAGAGGGAGAGAGCAGCAGACUGAGUGUCCGCCUCUCAACGUCCCUCCGCUCCCUUUCCUCCGCUGACAAUGACCAAAAAGGGACACCAUCUUCCAGUUGAGGGCGAAACUCGAGUCGCACCGCAUUAUUUCUGCCUCAUGCACAAAUUAAUGUUGUUACUCUUAUGAACAUCAUCAACUUUGCUGUAGCUUUCUUUUACGCCUGCUACGAUACUGCUGACACGGUAAUCUGAGCUAUCCGAUUGGCCAGUGUUAGGCCGAUAGUGCACUUAAUUUGCUCUCCGGGCCCGCUGGGAAGGCAGAGUUCAGACACAUGAAAUGGUUCAAAAUCGGAACACUUCACCUACCUGGCGUGCAGGGCAGCUGAAUCGGAACGCAAGGCCUUAUCAUUGGGCUUUUUACAGAAAUGUUUGUCGAUCAAGUAGAAAUGCUUUGGAGAUCGACCACUGCUGUACAGGCUACUUUCUUUUCACUCUGUCAAUUAGGUUUGUAUUGUGGAGUAACUACAAUGUUGUGAUCCAUCCUCAGUUUUCUCCUAUCACAGCUAUUAAACUCUGUAACUGUUUUAAAGUCAUCAUUGGCCUCAUGGUGGAAUCCCUGAGCGGUUUCCUUCCUCUUGGGCAACUGAGUUAGGAAGGACGCCUGUAUCUUUGUAGUUACUUGGUGUAUUGAUACACCAUCCAAAGUGUACAGAGAUGAGGUAGUCAUUCAAAAAUCAUGUUAAACACUAUUAUUGCACACAGUGAGUCCAUGCGACUUAUUAUGUGACUUGUUAAGCAAAUGUUUACUCCUGAACUUAUUUAGGCUUGCCAUAACAAAGGGGUUGAAUACUUAUUGACUCAAGACAUUUCAGCUUUUGAUUUUUAAUAAAUUCAAAAAACAUAAUUCCACUUUGACAUUAUGGGGUAUUGUGUGUAGGCCAGUGUCAAAAAAUCUAAAUGUAAUCCAUUUUCAAUUCAGGCUGUAACAUGACAAAAUGUGUAAAAAGUCAAGGGGUGUGGAAUACUUUCUGAAGCCACUGUACUUCUUCAAUUGCUAGUCAUUAACCCAUGCACUUUCAAAAAAAGAAGAGAAGUUACACUAUUUGCAGAGCCCUAAAAGUAUUCAUGCUAUUUCCUCUUUGGGUGUACCAAAAUCAGUCUUCUACUCGUAACCUCUGGAAAGGUAAAACACUGAGGCGGUGAUUUUGGUAACACUAUGCUACAUGCUUAUUACAAGUUAUACAUAAAGCAUUAUACCAACAGGCUAAAGUGUUUAGCAUUAGUUUUCCUGUAUCCUGGUAAAAUAGUGUUUGGAUUAUUAUACACUCUGUGUAAAACAGAGGCUCAGUUGUUCCUGGGAGUAAAUCUUGCCCUUGGAGUUUUGGGUGCCGAGCAAAGACAUUGGAGGGUUUUAACAGCUGGAGGGGGAGGUUUGUUCUCUUUCAGCCCGUCCUCUAGCAUCAGAAAGAUAGCAGCUCUGGAUUAGUUUGACCUCCUUUCCCUCUCCCCUGUCAUCCUGCCAGCUGUGUGUGUGGGGUGGGGGUGGGGGGGGGGGGAGGGGGUAUUUUGGAGUUUGUCCAUUACACUAUAUAUACAAAAGUAUGUGGACACCCCUUCAAAUGAGUGGAUUCAGCUAUUUCAGCCACACCCGUUGCUGACGUGUAUAAAAUCGAGCACACCGCCAUGCAAUCUCCAUAGACAAACAUUGGCAGUAGAAUGGCCUGACUGAAGAGCUCUGUGACUUUCAACGUGGCACCGUACUAGAUAUGCCACCUUUCCAACAAGUCAGUUCGUCAAAUUUCUGCCCUGCUAGAGCUGCCCCGGUCAACUGUAAGUGCUGUUAUUGUGAAGUGGAAACGUCUAGGCGCAACAACGGCUCAGCCGCGAAGUGGUAGGUCACACAAGCUGACGGGACCGCCGAGUGCUGAAGCGCGUAGUGCAUAAAAAUGUUCUGUCCUCGGUUGCAACACUCACUACGAAGUUCUAGACUGCCUCUGGAAGCAACGUCAGCACAAGAACUGUUCGUCGGGAGCUCCAAUGCAUAGUGCCAACUGUAAAGUUUAGUGGAGGAGAAAUAAUGGUUUGGGGCUGUUUUUCAUGGUUCGGGCUAGGCCCCUUAGUUCCAGUGAAGGGGAAUCUUAACGCUACAGCAUACAAUGACAUUCUAGAUGACAGUUUGUCGAGAUCGGUGUAGAAAAACUUAACUGGCCUACACAGAGCCCUGACCUCAACCCCAUCGAACACCUUUGGGAUGAAUUGGAAUGCCGACUGCGAGCCAGGCCAAAUCACCCUACAUCAGUGCCCGACCUCACUAAUGCUCUUGUGGCUAAAUGCUGCGGGGACUUGAUAACAUUGUUCCAACAUCUAGUGGAAAGCCUUCCCAGAAGAGUGGAGGCUGUUAUAGCAACAAAGGGUGGAUCAACUCCAUAUUAAUGCCCAUGAUUUUGGAAUGAGAUGUUCGGCGAGCUUGUGUCCACAUACCUUUUGGUCAUGUAGUGUAUCUCAGUGCUUGUUUGUGACUUUGUACUUUGUGGCUGUCUAUGUUGGCUUUACAGCUGUGAAAGAGCAAGUGUCCAGGUGUCCUUGUGUGCCUCACAUGUUUUUGAUUUUAUCUGUAUGUUUUCCAACAUUUUCAGAUGUUGAUUUAAAGAUGUCUACAGUUUAGUGAUUCCAUACCUUUCUUUCCAUUUCUGGUAGAGUAUAGUGCAGAUUCAUUUGUUGUUUUGUGGUUUCAGAUUGAACAGACCUUCAAUUACCUGGAUAUACAGGGGAUCACUAGUAACAAGCCCACUCAGGUAAAAUAGUCCUGUCUUUAAACAUGAAACAACCUCUGUUCAAACCAAACAUGUUACAGACAGUAUCAGUUGACACUGUGUGUUGCGCCCCCUACAGUUGUUGUUGGAGUAUGACCGAGGCCAGCUGUCCCUGAAGCUUGGCUCUGUGGAGGAUGUGGAUGAGGUGGUGGCCCACAUUGGGACCUGUCUACACAGGAUCUGUCCAGGCCUGUCCCCAGUGUAGGUCCCCUCUACUCUGUCACUCUCUCUUUGCUACUGUCUUUAUUGUCAGUUCAUUAUUCUUUCACUCAUCCAAGCACAUACAUUAGUGACUCACUCAUUCACUCACUUGUGUACUCAUUCACUCACUUGUGUACUCAUACACUUGUUUGUGUACUCAUUCACUUGCUCAGUCCGUCGGUCACUCACCUACUCUCACUUUACUCAUGUCCAACAUGAUAAAGUGACAGUGUAUGUUUUGUCCUCUGCACUGACAUGAUAGAGUGACAGAAGUUGACAUGGUAAAUAGACAGUGUGUGGUGUGUCCUGUGGGGUGACAUGGUAAAGUGACAUUUUGUGGUGUGUCCCCUGCACUGUGGAAGGAAGGUGAUGAAGAAGUUGACCCUGAAGCCUCCUGAGAGGACGGCCGCCCUACAGUCUCUCUGGGAGGACCAGGCCACCACAGACCUAGGGCCAUGUGGUAACGUUAUAAUAAAGAACAUAUUUCACAAAAAUCCCAGCUAUAACAUAGUUGACUUUCUGUAUUCACCUCUCAUUCUCUCGUAGGUGGUUUCUCCCACAUGUACUGGUGUCUCUGUGACCAGCUGGGUCUGCCAUUCAGAGAGGAGGUGCAGUGGGUUAGUAUGUUUUUCUCCUUCCAUUUCAGUUACUAUUGCUAAUUUGAUCAUAGUGUAGCGGGGGGUAGUUCAUGGAGCUCCAGUAGCCUGACUGUCCAUUCAUGUGGACGGAAACUUUAGCACAGAUGCCUAACAUGGUCUUUCUUGAAAUAUUCUGACCUGGCUUUACAUCCUGUCAGUUAUUUUAGCUAUAUCAGCGCUACUUUUGCCAUUGUUUGAAUCAUUCCCAUCUUGGGCAUGUCUCUCCACGUUGCCAAACAGGAUGUGGACACAAUCUAUCUAACCCAGGACACCAGAGAACUAAACCUGCAGGAUUUUGUACAUCUUGAGAACAGGUACCUUCACUUCCUUAUUUCACUGCUGCCAAAUGUACACAUUGUGUGAACAAUAGUGUCUUUAUACCAUUCUAUUUUUGAUAAUCAAUGCUGUUUACUUCUCCUCCAGAGAUUUGGUGGCCAUCAUUGUGGUCCUGGAGUAUAACCAAUGGUUCACCAAGCUCUCCACAAAGGACUACAAACUGGUACAUUUCAUACUGAACUAUGCUGGUGACAUUUUCCAUUUUAUGUUACAUUUAUGAAGGGGAAAAGUAUAUUAAUUGGAGAAACAUGCAUGCCACUCUUGAAGAAAGGUUGAAGUUAAAUGAAAGUGUGGUAACACUUUACUUAAAGCCUGUACUGUAGGUAUAAUGCAUAAUGAUUGGUGCUGGGCGAUUAACUUAAAUGUCGAUAAUUUUUUGUUUUUUAUAACAAAUAAUUGACCAACGUCGGUUCAAUUAUUUUAAUUCCAUUUCAUUCAUUUUUUAGCAAAGUUUCUCUAGAGAUAAAUCAGAUCAAGCCCGAACUGUGCGAUGUAGUAGGGAGUUGUAUUUUCCAACAGGCCAAUAUUCUACAUAGUUUCACACAGAAAACGUGAUAAUUAACUACAAUGACCAUAAUCCAUGCCUACUUGUCUGGUCUGUGUGGGGCUGUGUGGGGUUUAUUUUACGCCUGCAAUGUUAGGUUAGUGUGGGGCAGACACGGAGAGAGGGAGAAGAAACAGAAGAAUUGAGAAAUGGUUGCUUCACGAGGGAUCUCUACCUGAAAAUGCAUGAUCUAAGUGAUUUGAUAUUUGCUAUUCAGCAGUCAUAAAAGUAUGCCUUAUUUAUACUGAACAAAAAUAUAAACGCAACAAUUUUCAAUAAUUUUACUGAGUUACAGUUCAUAUAAGGAAAAUCAGUCAAUUGAAAUGAGUUCAUUAGGCCCUAAUCUAUGGAUUUCACAUGACUGGGCAGGGGCGCAGUCAUGGGUGGGCCUGGGAGGGCAUAGGCUCACCGAUUUGGGAGCCAGGCCCACCCACUGGGGACCUAGGCCCAGCCUAUCUGAAUGAGUUUUUCUCCACCAAAGGGCUUUAUUACAGACAGAAAUACUCCUCCGUUUCAUCGGCUGUCCGGGUGGCUGGUCUGAGACGAUCCCGCAUGUGAAGAAGCAAGAUGUGGAGGUCCUGGGCUGGCGUGGUUACACGUGGCCUGCGGUUGUGAGGCUGGUUACACGUGCUGCCAAAUUCUCUAAAACAACAGCUUAUGGUAGAUAAAUUAACAUUUAAUUAUCUGGCAACAGCUCUGGUGGACAUUCCUGCAGUCAGCAUGCCAAUUGCACGUUCCCUCAAAACUUGAGACAUCUGUGGCAUUGUGUUGUGUGACAAAACUGCACAUUUUAGUGGCCUUUUAUUGUCCCCAGCACAAGGUGCACCUGUGUAAUGAUCAUGCUGUUUAAUCAGCUUCUUGAUAUGCCACACCUGUCAGGUGGAUGGAUUAUCUUGGCAAAGGAUAAAUGCUUAGAAACAGGGAUGUAAACAAAUUUGUGCACAAAAUCAGAAAGAAAUAUGUUUUUUGUGUGUAUGGAACAUUUCUGGGAUCUUUUAUUUUAGCUCAUGAAAAAUGGGACCAACACUUUACAUGUUGUGUUUAUAUUUUUGUUCACUAUACUUCGAAGAAGUACUAAAAUAGGGAUUUUGUCAGACAGCAUAGGCAGCAGGUCUAUAGAGAUUAGAUGAUGACUUGGAAUGAAAUGAUAGUCAUCAAAUAAAACAAAUGUAAUAUACAGUACCUGUCAAAUGUACUCAUUCAAGGGUUUUUAUUUAUUUUUGCUAUUUUCUACCUUGUAGAAUAAUAGUGAAGACAUCAAAACUAUCAAAUAACACAUAUGGAAUCAUGUAGUAACCACAAAAAUGUUAAACAAAUCAAAAUAUAUUUUAUAUUUGAGAUUCUUCAAAUAGCCACCCUUUGCCUUGAUGACAGCUUUGCACACUCUUGGCAUUCUCUCAACCAGCUUCACCUGGAAUGCUUUUCCAACUAUCUUGAAGGAGUUCCACAUAUGCUGAGCAUUUGUUGGCUGCUUUUCCUUCACUCUGCCGUCCGACUCCAUCUCAAUUGGGUUGAGGUCGGGGGAUUGGAGCGUAGUAUGCGCUCCAGCAGGUAUAUCUCACUGGUCAUCCCCAAAGCCAACACCGCCUUUGGCCGCCAUUCCUUCCAGUUCUCUGCUGCCAAUGACUGGAACGAAUUGCAAAAAUCUCUGAGGCUGGAGACUCUUAUCUCCCUCACUAACUUUAAGCAUAAGUUGUCAGAGCACCUUACCGAUCACUGCACCUGUACACAGCCCAUCUGAAAUUAGCCCACCCAACUACCUCAUCCCCAUAUUGUUAUUUAUUUUGCUAAUUUGCACCCCAGUAUCUCUAUUUGCACAUCAUCUCUUGCACAUCUAUCAUUCCAGUGUUAAUACUAAUUGUAAUUAUUUUGGCACUAUAGCCUAUAACUUGCUACAUUUGCACACACUGUAUAUAUAUUUUCAGUUGUAUUUUUGACUUUAUGUUUUGUUUUUACCCCAUAUGUAACUCUGUGUUGUUGUUUUUAUCGCACUGCUUUGCUUUAUCUUGUCCAGGUCGCAGUUGUAAAUGAAAACUUGUUCUCAACUGGCUUACCUGGUAAAGGUGAAAUAAAAAAAUAAAAAAAUUGGAGGCCAGGUCAUCUGAUGCAGCACUCCAUCACUAUCCUUGGUAAAAUAGCCCUUACACAGCCUGAAGGUGUGUUGGGUCAUUGUCCUGUUGAAAAACAAAUGAUAGUCCCACUAAGCCCAAACCAGAUGGGAUGGCGUAUCGCUGCAGAAUGCUGUGGUAGCCAUGCUGGUUAAGUGUGCCUUGAAUUCUAAAUAAAUCACAGACAGUGUCACCAGCAAAGCACCCCCACACCAUAACACCACCUCCUCCAUGCUUUACGGUGGGAACUACACAUGCGGAGAUCAUCCGUUCACCCACACCGUGUCUCACAAAAUCACGGCGGUUGGAACCAAAAAUCUCCAAUAAUGUCCAUUGCUCGUGUUUCUUGGCCCAAGCAGGUCUCUUCUUCUUAUUGGUGUCCUUUAGUAGUGGUUUCUUUGCAGCAAUUCGACCAUGAAGGCCUGAUUCACACAGUCCCCUCUGAACAGUUGAUGUUGAGAUGUGUCUGUUACUUGAACUCUGUGAAGCAUUUAUUUGGGCAGGUAACUCUAUUUAACUUAUCCUCUGCAGCAGAGGUAACUCUGGGUCUUCCAUUCCUGUGGCGGUCCUCAUUCGAGCCAGUUUCAUCAUAUAUGGUUUUUACGACUGCACUUGAAGAAACUUUCAAAGUUCUUGAAAUUGUCAGUAAUGACGGACCUUCAUGUCUUAAAGUAAUGAUGGACUGUUGUUUCUCUUUGCUUAUUUGAGCUGUUCUUGACAUAAUAUGGACUUGGUCUUUUACCAAAUAGGGCUAUCUUCUGUAUACCACCCCUACCUUGUCACAACACAACUGAUUAGCUCAAACGCAUUAAGAAGGAAAGAAAUUCCACAAAUUAACUUUUAACAAGGCACACCUGUUAAUUGAAAUGCAUUCCAGGUGACUACCUCAUUAAGCUGGUUGAGAGAAUGCCAAGGGUGUGCAAAGCUGUCAUCAAGGUAAAGGGUGGCUAUUUGAAGAAUCUCAAAUAUAAAAUAUAUUUUGAUAUGUUUAACACUUUUUUGGUUACUACACGAUUCCAUAUGUGUUAUUUCAUAGUUUUGAUGUCUUCACUAUUAUUCUACAAUGUGAAAAAUAGUAAAAAAUAAAGAAAAACCUUUGAGUAGGUGUGUCCAAACCUUUGAUUUGUACUCUAUGUUAAAGUAAAGUAAUGUUAAUAAGUGAUAAGCCGUAAUGGGCUGUCACUACCAUCAUGGGACUUUUAUUAAUUGUUUUAUUCUGUGUUGUUCAACCCACAUAAUACAUAGUGCAUCUAAUGUAAAAAAAUAUAUAUAUCGGAAUCGAAAACCGUGAUUUUUAAAAAUAAUCUUACCGAAACCUAACCGACCUCAAAAAGCACUAAUCACUCAGCACUAAUUAUGAUGCAGUUAUAAUACAUUGUAAGACUUUCAAUAAGUGCUUAUUUUUAUUGAAACCAUUCUUUAUUAUAUAACUUCCACUAUCCUCCGAGUGUGGCUGAACACACUUUGUAAAGGGCACACUGGCCACAGCAGGAAGAGGACAGCUGUGUAUAUAAAGGAGUGUGUGUUCUGGUGGUGGCAGGCAGAGAGGAGGCAUGAGGAUGAGAUGUCAACAAGCGCUUAUUAGUCAGGGAUGGUGUGACUGCUGCUGAUACUUAGUCAUAUGAGGUGUGUGUGUGAAUGUGUACAUGUGGCAUUUGUCCUUGUGUGUUUGCAUUCGUGUGUGUGUGUUUAUGCAUUUAAAGGUUUUUGUUUUUGUACAGUAAGUUAUGCAUCUGUGUUUACACAAGCCUGAGCUUGCUACUUUUCACACUAAAGUGUUUCCUUGCAGUCCACAGAUGUGUGUGAACAAAUCCUGCGAGUUGUGGCCCGCUCUAGUCGCUUAGAGGAGCUGGUUUUAGAGAAUGCCGGUCUCAGAAGGUGAGCACUAAGCACUGGUAAUAUGUUCUACAGGCUUUAUCUUAUCCACCAUCCAACACACACAGAUGCGGGUGUACACACAAAACACACACACGCACAAACACACACACGCACAGUUUCACAAUGAAUCCUGCUCUCGAACGCAGCCACAGUCCAUGCAUGCUGUCCAGUGUGAAGCUAAGGGAGCAAGCUCACACAUUAGAUAAACACAUGAUUCUGACUAUUAUCAGAAAUGCACUUCAUGUCGAAAAUCCUGAGAGAACUUAUGUAGAGCUGUGUAAAAAAGGUAUAUCCAAACGCGCUUCAACCCAGCCCAAACGAAAAAGGGGGCUUAAAAAUCCCCAAAACACUCCUUACCCCAGGAUACUUCAACUGGUGUCUAUCCGGAAGAAUAAAGAGCACUCUGUUUCUGCGUAAAUCUGAUAGAUUUAUUGACGGGACAAACAAACACUAGGUUUGCAAUAGGCUCUGAUGAAGGCGAUUCAUGCUGAAACGUAAGCCUGUUUUUUUUUGUCCCGUCAAUAAAUCUAUCAGAUUUACGCAGAAACAGAGUGCUCCUUUUUCUUUAUACUCCAAGAUAGUAACAAUUUGAAGUAUCCUGGGGUAAGGAGUGUUUUGGGGAUUAUGUAGAGCUGUGUCUUUUCUUUAUAUUUUCACAGUGAUUUCGCACAGAAGCUAGCCAACGCUCUGGCCUACAACCCUGCCUCUGUCCUUCACACCCUCAACCUCACAAACAACUCCCUGGAGGACAAGGGUACAACAAACUCCCUGCUUAAAUUUUUUUUCUUUCUAUUUAAUGGUAUUCAGUGAUAUUCAAUGAUUAGAUAUAUAGGAUACUGCACUAAUCUAGAAUUCUAGCUUCUAGUAUUCUGUCCUACAUUGGCAUGGAUCGUCUCAAUGGCCAAAUUUGUGUCUCAAAGCUUCAAGUUCAUGAGAGGUUUAAGUUUGUUCAUAAGUUAGGAAUGCACUUUUUUUUCUAGGUCUAUCUGCUCUCAGUGCACAGCUAGCCAAACUCCCAAUGGGUCUCAAGCAUUUGAACCUUUCAAAGACUUCCAUAUCGCAAAAAGGUAUUGUAAAUUCAUAACCAAUUUACUUGACAAAUAUCAUGUAUUAUGUCAUUUCCUCUGAACUUCCUGUGUAUGUGUUGUCAGGGGUUAACAGUCUUGCCCAGGCGCUGAGUGCCAACCCUGUUGUCCCCACUACCAUCACACACCUGGACCUCUGUGGGAACUCACUCCGAGGAGACGAUCUCUCAGUAUGUACAUCUCCUGGUAGAAGUUGCUAGGCACAGAUCAGCUAACACUCCACAAAGCCUAAUCUUAAUAAUAAGGGGAGGGAGUGCAAAACUGAUCUUAGAUCAGUGUUGUAUUGGCAACAUCAUCAAAAUCUUAAAUGUUCUGUCCUGGCUUUCAUAUAUUUUUCACACAGGACACAGAAAUGGUGUGAAAUAGAAUUUGAAAUAUUAAGUGUAUUCCAUAGACAUAAUUCCCCCUUCAUUGUACUCAGUAUUUUCUGUUGUUCUCUUCAUAAUUUAUCUGACACUAUUCACAGAAUCUGUACAAUUUCCUGGGUCAACCUAACAGUCUAGUAACUCUGGAUCUGUCCAACAGUGACUGCUGUCUGGACCAAGUGAGUGAACCCUCAUCCAAUCCUAAGAAAAAUUCACACUGCUAUCGCUAGGCAAUGAUGGGACAAUGGGACUUUAACCCUUUUUAUGGGCACAUUACAUGGAUAUUCUAAACAUAAUCAAUAAUCUACAUUAAGUAGAUUAGUUUAAUUGUAAUAAUAUGCAAUGAAAGUGAACAUGGCAUAUUCGGACGUCAUGUGAGCACUGUUUAUAAGUAUCAUACCGUCUGCUUUUAAUAUCACUAUUAUCAAUUGAAAAAAAAAGAUUAGCUUUUUAUACAGUUAUAUUUAUGGAUCUUGUUGUUAUAUUUGUUGCUAUGCAAAUGGCCAGUCCAUUUUGUAAAAUACUGUCUGUAGUUCCCUAGACUGUGAGUUUGGAGAAAAGCUGUGAUGUGACUUGACUGGUCCAUGUUAUUCAGAUGCUCAACUCCUGUCUUCCAGGUCUGCACUUCACUUCUACGAGGUUCUCUCAAGCACCUCUCAGUGCUUAACAUGUCUAAGAGCGUUUUCUCUCACAGGUGAGCCAUACAACAACAAAAUCUCUUGCUUAUGCUAAAAUAAGCCUGUCGCUCAAUAGUUGCUGUUGCUUUCUAUGUCCAUGUGUCAUAUACUGCUCAAAGUGUCUCAAAGUGUGCUGGUAUUCUUUUUGAACCCACAGGAGAAGUAAAGAUGUGCCGCAUUCCUUCAAGCAGUUCUUUGGCACAGCACUGGCGCUGAGCAGUGUCAACCUAUCUGGAACCAAACUCCCUCUGGAGGCACUCAAGUGAGCUUGCAGUCUGCUCCAUUUAUGCCAUUUGCUCCAUUUAAGUGUAUUACACCAAGAAUGAAAAUAUGAUAUAGAAAACUGGAGAAUAUUCCUGGAGAAAAUGUACAUGUCUAUAAAUGGUUAGUGAUGUAUCUUUUAGACAGGAAGUCGUUGACAUUCAGCGUAUUAUUAUUUUUGUAUACAGUAUUUUUGCUUAAUUUUUAAAAGAAAAAGUAAGUAGUAUAGAGACAUUUACUUAAAGUUGCUGUGAACAAGAAAGCAGUCUAACCACACCAACUCUUUACCGCCUGCAUACUUCAGCCUGCUUUAGUCAUUGAACUGAAUAGAAAAGAAGUCGGUUGAGCUUGAAUGAGUUUCUUUCUCCUCAGAGCACUUUUACUAGGUCUUGGCUGCAAUCCUAAUCUCAGUGAAGUGUCACUGGAUCUCAGCAGCUCUGAGGUAAGAGGCUGAACUACUGCCUUGGCCCUGGCACACUUACCUGAAUCUCUGAGGGAGAAAUUAAAGGGGAAGUCUACUCUGAAAUCAAAUUCUAAAAUAAAAUGUCUUGAAACCCCUUUAUUAUUUGGGUUGAUGUUCUGAAUUACUUAACGUUAUUUACUUAUGUACCCUGAAUGCCAUCACCAAAAUACAUGUAUGGAUAUUAUCCUGAUUGCAAUUGCUAUCCUUUCUCUAAAUGUUUUGUUUUUGUUUCUCUCUAUUACUUCAGCUAAGAUCUGGAGGCUCUCAGAUUCUGGAGGGCUGCAUAGCUGAGAUUCCCAACAUCUCCAGCCUGGACAUCUCAGACAACGGUGAGGCCUGAGUAGACAUUGUAUUGAUUUUGAACGUUGUAUACCUUGAUUUUGACUUAAUAUUGUGUUAUAUAUGAUGCUCAGGUUUGGAUUCAGACCUGACCACUCUCUUGGUGUGGCUGGCCAAAAAUCGCUCCAUCCGCCACCUCUCACUGGGCAAGAACUUCAAUAACAUCAAGUCCAAGUAUGGGACUUACUUUUUUAUUAACCUGUCACUUUAAUAUCCUGCUGUUUGUAUCGUCCUCUCUGUCUGGAAUGUAACAAAGUGUGCAUGUCUUCCCACAGAAAUUUGUCUCAAGUCUUAGACAACCUGGUGCACAUGAUACAGGAGGAGGAAUCGGUGAGUCAGCUCUUAUGGUGAUACUUAGCCAUAACAGCUUAGCAUCAACAUUUGUCUAACCCUUCAUUACCAUUGUUCAACUAACCUCUUUGUCACUUAGCCCCUGACGUCCCUCUCCCUGGCCGACUCCAAGCUGAAGGGAGAUCUCUCCAUCGUGCUGAACGCUCUGGGCAGCAACACCAGCCUGAUCCGGGUGGACAUCAGUGGCAACGGCAUGGGAGACAUGGGGGCCAAGAUGCUGGCCAAGGCCCUACAGAUCAACACCAAGCUCCGGUGAGAGGUCAUGACUCAAGAAGAGAUCCACUAGGGUCAACUGCGCCAACUUCCAAUACUGCAUAAGAUUGAUUCUACUGUAUUCUAUUGUUCUUCAUUGUCAUCUGUUAUGCGUUUGUACAGGACAGUUAUGUGGGACAAAAACAAUGUCAGCUUACAAGGCCUCCAGGAUGUGGCAGCUGCUCUAGAAAAGUAUGUAUCUGUGUCACAAUUUAUUCUAUUCAUUUAUACUCCUCUGCACUUCUUCACAUGGAUAUUUUGGUUAGGAUAUGUGAGUAGGCAUACACUUAGCUACAUAUAGAGUACUGUUACCCUCUCUGUCUCUUUCAGGAACCACACCAUCCGCUUCAUGCCCAUCCCCAUCAUCGAUGCAGCCCAGGCCCUCAAGGCCAGCCCUGAGAAAACAGAGGACGCCCUACUAAAGGUCAAAGUUUACAUUUGUCUGCAUGGUGGAUAUUAACUGAUGACAGAAUUGAUGUCAAUUGUCAUUGAUAACAAGGCAUCGAUAGCAGUGUUGAAUGCAAAAACGGUCACAUUUCCAGGCUAUCUGUAUGAAUGAAAACAAUUCUUAGAUAUUAUUAUUUAUUUAUUUAUUUGUAUCAAUCUGUUCAAAUCAAUUCCCCUGCAGAUGGAGCAGUAUCUCCUAAGGAACCACGAGACUCGAAAAUACCUCCAAGAGCAAGCUUACCGGCUCCAGCAAGGCAUUGUCACGACAACCACACAACAGGUGACCCGUCUGUUUAAAUCUGUUUGAUCUGUAACUUUUAUUGGUCUCUGCACUUUUUGGAUAAAUGUUAAUAGUACAUUGAGUUUCCACUGGAGAAAUUAAAGUUACAUACUACGUCUUUUAAAUGUUGAAUGACCAUAAACCAUUACAUUACUAAAAUAAAAAUAAAAAUAAAUAAAAUAUUACGUCCUCUGAUGACCUCUGACCCCUCCUGCCUUCUGCUGCUCCAGAUGAUGGACAUGAUCUGUGUAAAGGUGCAGGACCACCUGAACUCCCUGAGGUACACAGAGACCGACGUCAUCCAGGAGGACAUGAAGGUGGCCAAGAACCUCAUGAAGGAUGCCAGGAACUCCAAAAGAGUGAGCUGAGAACCAGACAUAUUGUUCUCAUAGAACCGCUAGAACAUACAGUAUGAACGCAGAAGUGAUAGAACGUGGAUUAACAAACCUUGAUCUAGAGAGACAAAAAUGACAGGGUAAACAUUAACAUCAAACUCUACGUGGGACAUCCUGGUUAAAUAACAUUUUGAAAUACAAGAAUACAGAAAAAGAGAAACCUCAAACUCAAAUGUUUAGAUGAGAAAAGAGAACAGUUUUUAUUUUUGCCUCUUCCCCUCUUGUUCUCUUUUUUUCUCCCUCCUUCCAUACCCUGUUCAUCUAUCUAGCUGCUGCCCAACCUGUACCACGUGAGGGGCUCUCUUGGUGGCAUGGGCGGCCCCAUUCAGGACAAGCUGGAGUCCAUGGCAGGAGAGAUGGCCAAGGUCAUGGAUGAGCAGCUACAGGUACGCAACAGUCAACACAGCAGUAAAUGCGAAAUGUCUUUAACAGUAUUUUUCAAACUAGAUAUUUUUGGUGUUGAUUUAUCUUAGUGAAUAACAUAGUCUAGUGAUUCUCAAGUCCUCGAAGUUGGAUGUUUUUGUUCUAGUCCCACACAAGUCCACACCUGAUUUAAACUGGUCAUGUGCUUGAUGAUUAAUCGAGUUGUUGAAUCAGGUGUGCGUGUGAUUGGGCUUGAACAAAACUAUGCAAUUUGACACUGCCCUAGGCCUUGCAGCAACUGUGAAUUUGACAUAAGCUAGCGCAAUGUUCUUGCCAACCCCUCUUUUCUCUCUCUCCCACUCUUUCUCUCUCUCUCUCUCUUUGAUCCAGACGUUGUUGCAGUCUAUGGUUGACACAGCUGAAGGCCUCUGUCCCCAUGUGAUGAUGAGGAGCAACCUGCACCAGGAGCUGAUGAAGGCCGGCGCAGGCAGGAUGACCGUCCCCUGUAGCUUCAUCACCACCACACUACUGGAACAGUCAGGAGUCGACAUCAUCAACAAGAUCAGGUGAUCACCACAGGACCUGGUCAAGACGGGCCUGGUCAAGAUAGCUAGCAGAUGUUCUCAUACAGAGUGACUAACAACAAGUGCAUUCAACUAAGGAGAGGAAAACAACUACAAAACAAUAAUAUCUCCAAAAACAAAGAUUCACGCUGGGGUCUGGUCCAAUGGUAGUCCUGCUGACCCCGGACAUUACCUGCUUUGUGCCCGUCACAAGUAAACUUCAACAGAUAAGGGCGGUGGGGGUAAAUCAUUUCAAAUGUAGACGGUAUCAGUUCAUGUGAAUUCAAACUGAAUCAGUUCAUUGUGAUCUGCUCUGUGUAAGAUGUACUAGACCUAGUGAAAUAAUUGAUUAUGAUUAUGUCACAUAGCCUUAGCUGAUAACCGUGCAAUGUACGUAAACGUCACUCUCAGAAAACUGCUGUAACAUAGUCUGUAACUAUGUGCAGCCCAGUCUUGAUACAGUGCUGGUAGUAGAGAGGUAGUAUCUGGCUCAUGUUCUCCUCUCUGUCACACAGUGAAGUGAAGCUCAGUAUGGCGUCCUUCCUCUCAGACCGUAUCGUGGAUGAGAUCCUGGAAUCUCUGUCCCGUUCCCAAAACACUCUGGUCAGUACUGUAUCCUAAAAUAGACUCUUUCUCUCUAUUUAUUUCCUCCUUAAUGCGUUUGUGCCAAUCACAUUUCAAGAACUUAGAAAGUUUCUCCAAGUGCCGUCACAAAAACCACCAUUCGCUAUGAUGAUACUGGCUCUCUUGAGGACCGCCACAGGAAUGGAAGACCCAGAGUUACCUCUGCUGCAGAGGAUAAGUUCAUUAGAGGUACCUCAGAAAUUGCAGCCCAAAUAAAUGCUUCACAGAGUUCAAGUAACAGACACAUCUCAACAUAAACUGUUCAGAGGGGACUGUGUGAAUCAGGCCUUCAUGGUCGAAUUGCUGCAAAGAAACCACUACUAAAGGACACCAUAAAGAAGAAGAGACUUGCUUGGGCCAAAAAACACAAGCAAUGGACAUUAGACCGGUGGAAAUGUGUCCUUUGGUCUGGAGUCCAAAUUGGAGAUGUUUGGUUCCAACUGCUGUGUCUUUGUGAGACGCGGUGUGGGUGAACGGAUGAUCUCCACAUGUGUAGUUCCCACCGUAAAGCAUGAAGGAGGAGGUGUUAUGGUGUGGGGUUGCUUUGCUGGUGACACUGUCUGUGAUUUAUUUAUGUGGAGAUCAUCCGUUCACCCAAAACCCGUGGCAAAACCCUUGUUGGCAAUCACAGAGGUCAGACGUUUCUUGUAGUUGGCCACCAGGUUUGCACACAUCUCAGGAGGGAUUUUGUCCCACUCCUCUUUGCAGAUCUUCUCCAAGUCAUUAAGGUUUCGAGGCUGACGUUUGGCAACUCGAACCUUCAGCUCCCUCCACAUAUUUUCUAUGGGAUUAAGGUCUGGAGACUGGCCACUCCAGGACCUUAAUGUGCUUCUUCUUGAGCCACUCCUUUGUUGCCUUGGCCGUGUGUUUUGGGUCAUUGUCAUGCUGGAAUACCCAUCCACGACCCAUUUUCAAUGCCCUGGCUGAGGGAAGGAGGUUCUCACCCAAGAUAUGACGGUACAUGGCCCCGUCCAUCGUCCCUCUGAUACGGUGAAGUUGUUCUGUCCCCUUAGCAGAAAAACACCCUCAAAGCAUAAUGUUUCCACCUCCAUGUUUGACGGUGGGGAUGGUGUUCUUGGGGUCAUAGGCAGCAUUCCUCCUCCUCCAAACACGGCGAGUUGAGUUGAUGCCAAAGAGCUCGAUUUUGGUCUCAUCUGACCACAACACUUUCACCCAGUUCUCCUCUGAAUCAUUCAGAUGUUCAUUGGCAAACUUCAGACGGGCCUGUAUAUGUGCUUUCUUGAGCAGGGGGGACCUUGCGGGCGCUGCAGGAUUUCAGUCCCUCACGGCGUAGUGUGUUACCAAUUGUUUUCUUGGUGACUAUGGUCCCAGCUGCCUUGAGGUCAUUGACAAGAUCCUCCCGUGUAGUUCUGGGCUGCUUCCUCACCGUUCUCAUGAUCAUUGCAACUCCACGAGGUGAGAUCUUGCAUGGAGCCCCAGGCCGAUGGAGAUUGACAGUUAUUUUGUGUUUGUUCCAUUUGCGAAUAAUCGCACCAACUGUUGUCACCUUCUCACCAAGCUGCUUGGCGAUGGUCUUGUAGCCCAUUCCAGCCUUGUGUAGGUCUACAAUCUUGUCCCUGACAUCCUUGGAGAGCUCUUUGGUCUUGGCCAUGGUGGAGAGUUUGGAAUCUGACUGAUUGAUUGCUUCAGUGGACAGGUGUCUUUUAUACAAGUAACAAACUGAGAUUAGGAGCACUCCCUGUAAGAGUCUGCUCCUAAUCUCAACUCGUUACUUGUAUAAAAGACACCUGGGAGCCAGAAAUCUUUCUGAUUGAGAGGGGGUCAAAUACUUAUUUCCCUCAUUAAAAUGCAAAUCAAUUUAUAACAUUUUUGACAUGCGUUUUCUGCAUUUUGUUGUUGUUAUUCUGUCUCUCACUGUUCAAAUAAACCUACCAUUCAAAUUAUAGACUGAUUAUUUAUUUGUCAGUGGGCAAACGUACAAAAUCAGCAGGGGAUCAAAUACUUCUUUCCCUCACUGUAGGUGGUUCCAAACUUUUGACUGGUAGUGUGUGUGUGUGUGUGUAUGUAUAUAUAUAUAUAUAUACACACACACACACACACACACACACACAGACAAUAAUGCAUUUUUGCUUAAAUUACUUUUAAUCCUGAUUAGGGCACUUCUGCACCACAUCAAAGCAAAUACUGGUGAAGAAACACUGACAGUGUAAAUACUGGUGAACACUGACAGUGUAUGGCUUUUCCUCCCUCCCCACCCCAGGCAGAACACCUGACCAGGAAACCGCAGCCUCUUCUCCACCAGGAGCUCAAAGAGACGGAGGUGCUGGAGGAGACGGUCCUCCAACCUGAGGCCCAGACCCAGGAGCAGAGGCAGCACCAUGCUGAGAGGCUGGAGGAGAUGGACACCUGUGUGGUAACUAAGACUGGUCCCUUCUGCUAUGAAGGCUUGUGAUGCCCAUCUGCUGUACUGAAGCUUGACUCACUGGCUGACUGUUUUUUCUUGACUGUGUUUGUGACCUGCGGAUGACACCCAAGUCCAAGAGGAAGAGCAUUCUCUGCAGGAUGCUGCGGCCUGUAUCUGUGGCCUUUGGUGAGGUUAUGUUCUACAUCCCGGGUACAGUAGAUCUGCUCAAAUAGAUUUAGAUUACAGUACAGUAGUAAUGUAGUAUUUUAGCAACUUGGAAUGAGAGAGGUUUGGUUUUACCUCAUCUAUUUAUGGUUGUUCUUGUCCAUCAGAAAUGGAGUUUGACUUGGACAAGGCCCUGGAAGAAGUGCCUAUACAUGAGGAAGACCCGCCCCAUCCUCCCCCAUUGGACAAGAAGCCGACGUACUUUGGCGAGCUGCCCACUAUGGAGGCCCGAAAACUAGAGCAUCACACCAAGCUCCGCCCCAAACCGAAAAAGAGGGCCAACCCUAGCCGAGCACCAGUAAGAGGCCUUCCACCUGACCCCUCUCUCUUAUUCCCCCUCUCUUUCUCCCUCUUUCUCUCUUUCUAUGUCUACCUACUAUUCUGUAUGAUAUUGAGUAUGGCUUGAUGUAGGCCUACAUAUUUCUGGGGUUUUCAGCGGGAACCAAUCUGCACCUCUCCACCACCAGAAGUGGAGAAGAACGACCUCCUGGGAAAAGUGGAUGAGGGUGUUGAUGAAUUCUUCUACAAAAAAAUCACCAAACUUAGUUUUAAGUGAGUCCUAAUUCCUAUUAUGGUGAACUCUUCCCAAAAGUAAAUGAAAUUACUUGAUGUUUAGAAUAAAUUAUUUGUUUCCAUAAGAUUUAAAUCACUCAGUGUUUGUGUUAAAGCAUGCAGCAGUAAGCUAACAAUGGCUAGAUUGUUUGCAGGCUAACUACCUACAGGUAAAUGCCAAAAUAAAGGAAACACCAACAUAAAGUGUCUUAAUAAGGCGUUGGGUCACCAUGAGCCGCCAGAACAGCUUCAGUGAGCAUCGGCAUAGAUUCUACAAGUGUCUGGAACUCUAUUGGAGGGAUGCGACACCAUUCUUCCCCGAGAAAUUCCAUAAUUUGUUAUUUUGUUGAUGGUGGCGCAAAACCCUGUCUCAGGCGCCACUCCAGAAUCUCACACAAGUGUUCAAUUGGGUUGAGAUCUGGUGACUGAGACACACACACACACCCUUUAAACCCCCUAUGGUCCUUUGAGACCUUUUUCAAAGUCACUGAGGUCUCUUCUUCUAGCCAUGGUAGCCAAAAUAAUGGGUGUUUCUAUAUAUGACCCUAAGCAUGAUGGGAUGAUAAUUGCAUAAUUAACUCAUGAUCCACACCUGUUUGGAAGCACCUGCUUUCAAUAUACUUUGUAUCCCUCAUUUACUCAAGUGUUUGCUUUAUUUUGGCCGUUUACCUGUACCUUUUAAUUUACGUAUUUAAAAGUUGUUAAUUAUAGAAGUUUGUGAGUGUGUACUGUUCAGCAAAAGCAUUCUUUAACAUUUCUAGACGACCCACCCUGAGGGGCUCCUCCAACAUCCAGGAGGGGUCGGAGAAGAAACGGGAAUCCCGGAAAAGCGGCUUCCUUAACCUCAUCAAGUCUCGCACCUCCAAGUCUGAGAAGAGCCAUGGAACAGCUGCCAUCACCACCCCGGCUUCUGCGACCGUCAGCACUGUGACAGAGGAGCCCCUGUCCCCCAAGGCUCCGUUGUGGGACCACUCCGAAAUCUCCCCUAACCACACAAAAAAGCAGCCAACCCCUGAACUCACUGAGGAACAGCACUUGGAGAGUGACAGUAAGGGUAGUCCUCAUGGUGGCCGGCACUUUGGGGUCCCCAUAAUGGGCCCCAUAAUGUGCAUGGACCUCCUGGCUGAGAUGAGAAAAAUGCAUGAGAAAAUGGCCGCCCAUAAGGUGGGUAAACUGACCAGAUUUAGCUGCUUUUGACUCUGUUACAGUGGGGAGAACAAGUAUUUGAUACACUGCAGAUUUUGCAGGUUUUCCUACUUACAAAGCAUGUAGAGGUCUGUAAUUUUUAUCAUAGGUACACUUCAACUGUGAGAGACGGAAUCUAAAACAAAAAUCCAGAAAAUCCCAUUGUAUGAUUUUUAAGUAAUUAAUUUGCAUUUUAUUGCAUGACAUAAGUAUUUGAUCACCUACCAACCAGUAAGAAUUCCGGCUCUCACAAACCUGUUAGUUUUUCUUUAAGAAGCCCUCCUGUUCUCCACUCAUUACCUGUAUUAACUGCACCUGUUUGAACUCGUUACCUGUAUAAAAGACUCCUGUCCACACACUCAAUCAAACAGACUCCAACCUCUCCACAAUGGCCAAGACCAGACAGCUGUGUAAGGACAUCAGGGAUAAAAUUGUAGACCUGCAAAAGGCUGUGAUGGGCUACAGGACAAUAGGCAAGCAGCUUGGUGAGAAGGCAACAACUUUUGGCGCAAUUAUUAGAAAAUUGAAGAAGUUCAAGAUGACGGUCAAUCACCCUCGGUCUGGGGCUCCAUGCAAGAUCUCAAUGAUCAUGAGGAAGGUGAGGGAUCAGCCCAGAACUACACGGCAGGACCUGGUCAAUGACCUGAAGAGAGCUGGGACCGCAGUCUCAAAGAAAACCAUUAGUAACACACUACGCCGUCAUGGAUUAAAAUCCUGCAGCGCACGUAAGGUCCCUCUGCUCAAGCCAGCGCAUGUCCAGGCCCGUCUGAAGUUUGCCAAUGACCAUCUGGAUGAUCCAGAGGAGGAAUGGGAGAAGGUCAUGUGGUCUGAUGAGACAAAAAUAGAGCUUUUUGGUCUAAACUCCACUCGCCGUGUUUGGAGGAAGAAGAAGGAUGAGUACAACCCCAAGAACACCAUCCCAACCGUGAAGCAUGGAGGUGGAAACAUCAUUCUUUGGGGAUGCUUUUCCGCAAAGGGGACAGGACGACUGCACCGUAUUGAGGGGAGGAUGGAUGGGGCCAUGUAUCGCAAGAUCUUGGCCAACAACCUCCUUCCCUCAGUAAGAGCAUUGAAGAUGGGUCGUGGCUGGGUCUUCCAGCAUGACAAUGACCCGAAGACACACAGCCAGGGCAACUAAGGAGUGGCUCCGUAAGAAGCAUCUCAAGGUCCUGGAGUGGCCUAGCCAGUCUCCAGACCUGAACCCAAUAGAAAAUCUUUGGAGGGAGCUGAAAGUCCGUAUUGCCCAGCGACAGCCCCGAAACCUGAAGGAUCUGGAGAAGGUCUGUAUGGAGGAGUGGGCCAAAAUCCCUGCUGCAGUGUGUGCAAACCUGGUCAAUACCUACAGGAAACGUAUGAUCUCUGUAAUUGCAAACAAAGGUUACAAUUGACGAAGUCACCCAUAAUUCACCAAAUGAUAUUUUGAAGGAAGAAACAAAGUACUUUAAGCAUAUGUUUUCUUUUCAGUCGCCUCCAUCUCCUCUAACUGAAGCUAAUUGUAGAGAUUUUUUUUCUAUUGAUAAUGUCAAAUUAACAGCCACACAUAAAGACUCAUGUGAAGGUGAAAUUACAGAGGAGGAACUUCUGGAUGCAAUUAAAGACUUUAAGUCUGGGAAAACUCCAGGGUUGGAUGGCAUACCAGUCGAGGUAUACCAAACCUUUUUUGAUAUACUAAGAGGACCGUUAUUAGCAUGUUUUAACCACUCCUAUGUAAAUGGUAGAUUAUCUGACACUCAAGAAGAAGGUCUGAUCUCAUUAUUACUGAAACAGGAUACAAGUGGAAAAUAUAAAGAUCCAGUCCAUUUACAAAAUUGGAGGCCCCUUACACUUCAGUGUUGUGAUGCAAAAACCUAGCAAAAUGUAUUGCGCAUAGAAUUAAAAAGGUAUUGUCGGAUAUUAUUCAUUCUAAUCAGACAGGUUUUUUACAUGGAAGAUACAUUGGAGAUAAUAUAAGGCAAGUAUUGGAAACAAUAGAACACUAUGGAAAAUAUGGGAAACCAGGCCUGCUAUUCAUAGCAGACUUCGAAAAGGCAUUUGAUAAAGUUCGACUGGGGUUUAUAUAUAAAUGCCUGGAGCAUUUCAAUUUUGGAGAAUCUCUUAUAAAAUGGGUCAAAAUCAUGUAUAGUAACCCUAGGUGUAAAAUAGUAAAUAAUGGCUAUUUCUCUGAAAGUUUUAAACUGUCAAGAGGAGUGAAACAAGGUUGUCCACUAUCGGCAUUUCUAUUUAUUGUGGCCAUCGAGAUGUUAGCUAUUAAAAUCAGAUCCAAUAAUAAUAUCAGAGGAUUAGAAAUAAAGGGCUUAAAAACAAAGGUGUCAUUGUACGCUGAUGAUUCAUGUUUUCUUUUAAAUCCACAACUAGAAUCCCUCCACAGCCUCAUAGAGGAUCUAGAUACAUUUUCUAACCUCUCUGGAUUACAACCAAAUUAUGACAAAUGUACUAUAUUACGUAUUGGAUCACUAAAAAAUACAAUUUUCACAUUACCAUGUAGUUUACCAAUAAAAUGGUCUGACGGUGAUGUGGAUAUACUCGGAAUACAUAUCCCAAAGGAAAUAAAUGAUCUCACUUCAAUACAUUUUAAUAGAAAGUUAGCAAAAAUAGAUAAGAUCUUACUACCAUGGAAAGGAAAAUACCUGUUAAUUUGUGGAAAAAUCACCCUGAUUAACUCUUUAGUAUUAUCCCAGUUUACCUAUUUGCUUAUGGUCUUGCCUACGCCUAGCGAACAGUUUUUUAAAUUAUAUGAGAAAAAAAUAUUCAAUUUUAUUUGGAACGGCAAGCCAGACAAAAUUAAAAGAGCAUAUUUAUAUAAUGAAUAUGAAUUCGGAGGACAGAAAUUAUUAAAUAUUAAAGCAUUAGACCUAUCACUAAAAGCUUCAGUCAUACAAAAGUUAUACUUAAAUCCGAACUGGUUCUCAAGCAAAUUAGUAAGAUUGUCUCACCCAAUGUUCAAGAAAGGCCUUUUUCCCUUUAUUCAGAUUACAACCUCUCACUUUCAGUUAUUUGAAAAGGAAAUAAUCUCCCAAAUGUCACUAUUUCUAAAACAAGCCAUAGAAAGUUGGUUGCAAUUUCAAUUUAAUCCUCCAGAAACGACAGAACAAAUAAUGCAACAAAUAUUGUGGUUAAAUUCAAAUAGACUAAUUGACAAAAAACCUUUAUUUUUUGACAGAAUGUUUAAAAAAGGUAUAAUCUUCGUAAAUGAUAUCAUCGGUAGGACUGGUGGAGUUAUGUCGCACAUGCAGCUAACAAAAACAUAUGGAAAUGUCUGCUCUACCCAAAAUUACAACCAAAUAAUUGCAGCCUUACCGCAAAAGUGGAAGAGGAAAGUGGAAGGGGGAGAAAGUAAGGAACUUGUCUGUCGGCCUUGCAUUAAAGAACAUAAUUGGUUAAGGAAAACUGUGAUAAAUAAAAAAGUAUAUCAGUUUCACUUAAGGACCAAAGGAUUGACAGCCGUCCCAUAUAGAUUGCAAAAUAGUUGGGAAGAGAUCUUUGACGUACCGAUCCCAUGGCAUAGUGUUUAUGAACUGACACGCAAAACGACACCGGAUUCAAAAAUUUGAAUCUUUCAAUUUAAAUUAUUAUAUAAAAUUCUUGCUACCAAUAGAAUGUUAUUUAUAUGGGGGAUACAAUCUUCCCAGCUCUGCAUAUUUUGCUGUGAAGAGACAGAAUCAUUAGAUCAUUUGUUUUGGUUCUGUCCAUUUGUAGCUUGUUUUUGGACACAGGUCCAGGAAUGGCUAAAGGAUUGCAAUAUUUACCUGGAACUAACCUUGCAGAUAGCAUUACUGGGUGAUCUGAAAAGUCAUAGUCAAUCAAUCAAUAAUAUAAUAAUACUUUUAGCAAAAAAAAAAAAAAAUUUAAUUCACAAUCUGUAGAAGCAAUGAGAAUAGAAAGGUUCAGAACUUUUGUAAAACAUCACAGUACGGUUGAAAUAUAUAUGGCAAAUAGAAAUCCUAUAUGGAUGGUGUUAAGAGAUAGAUGGGAGGUAUUGAAUAGAGUUGAAGGAUGGGACUAAUAACAAAUAACAACAAAUAAUAACAAAGAUAUCUAAUAAUGUAAGCAUACUGUGUCCAUAAUAAGUAUAUAGGUUGUAUGUUGGGAGCUUUUGGGAAAGAGCACAGUUAGAAAGAUAUGGCAUAUAGAAGCAAACCGGAUGGACAUCAUGAAAAUGAUCGGAGAGGUUGAGAGUAGAAGAAGUUCAGGAGCAAAAAAAAAAAAAAUAUAUAUAUAUAUAUAUAUAUAUAUACAGUGGGGGGAAAAAGUAUUUAGUCAGCCACCAAUUGUGCAAGUUCUCCCACUUAAAAAGAUGAGAGAGGCCUGUAAUUUUCAUCAUAGGUACAUGUCAACUAUGACAGACAAAUUAAGAUUAUUUUUUCCAGAAAAUCACAUUGUAGGAUUUUUUAUGAAUUUAUUUGCAAAUUAUGGUGGAAAAUAAGUAUUUGGUCACCUACUAACAAGCAAGAUUUCUGGCUCUCACAGACCUGUAACUUCUUCUUUAAGAGGCUCCUCUGUCCUCCACUCGUUACCUGUAUUAAUGGCACCUGUUUGAACUUGUUAUCAGUAUAAAAGACACCUGUCCACAACCUCAAACAGUCACACUCCAAACUCCACUCUGGCCAAGACCAAAGAGCUGUCAAAGGACACCAGAAACAAAAUUGUAGACCUGCACCAGGCUGGGAAGACUGAAUCUGCAAUAGGUAAGCAGCUUGGUUUGAAGAAAUCAACUGUGGGAGCAAUUAUUAGGAAAUGGAAGACAUACAAGACCACUGAUAAUCUCCCUCGAUCUGGGGCUCCACGCAAGAUCUCACCCCGUGGGGUCAAAAUGAUCACAAGAACGGUGAGCAAAAAUCCCAGAACCACACGGGGGGACCUAGUGAAUGACCUGCAGAGAGCUGGGACCAAAGUAACAAAGCCUACCAUCAGUAACACACUACGCCGCCAGGGACUCAAAUCCUGCAGUGCCAGACGUGUCCUCCUGCUUAAGCCAGUACAUGUCCAGGCCCGUCUGAAGUUUGCUAGAGUGCAUUUGGAUGAUCCAGAAGAGGAUUGGGAGAAUGUCAUAUGGUCAGAUGAAACCAAAAUAGAACGGCUAUAUAUAUAACUUUUUGGUAAAAACUCAACUCAUCGUGUUUGGAGGACAAAGAAUGCUGAGUUGCAUCCAAAGAACACCAUACCUACUGUGAAGCAUGGGGGUGGAAACAUCAUGCUUUGGGGCUGUUUUUCUGCAAAGGGACCAGGACGACUGAUCCGUGUAAAGGAAAUAAUGAAUGGGGCCAUGUAUCGUGAGAUUUUGAGUGAAAACCUCCUUCCAUCAGCAAGGGCAUUGAAGAUGAAACGUGGCUGGGUCUUUCAGCAUGACAAUGAUCCCAAACACACCUCCCGGGCAACGAAGGAGUGGCUUCGUAAGAAGCAUUUCAAGGUCCUGGAGUGGCCUAGCCAAUCUCCAGAUCUCAACCCCAUAGAAAAUCUUUGAAGGGAGUUGAAAGUCUGUGUUGCCCAGCGACAGCCCCAAAACAUCACUGCUCUAGAGGAGAUCUGCAUGGAGGAAUGGGCCAAAAUACCAGCAACAGUGUGUGAAAACCUUGUGAAGACUUACAGAAAACGUUUGACCUGUGUCAUUGCCAACAAAGGGUAUAUAACAAAGUAUUGAGAAACUUUUGUUAUUGACCAAAUACUUAUUUUCCACCAUAAUUUGCAAAUAAAUUCAUAAAAAAAUCCUACAAUGCGAUUUUCUGGAGAGAAAAAAUCUCAUUUUGUCUGUCAUAGUUGACGUGUACCUAUGAUGAAAAUUACAGGCCUCUCUCAUCUUUUUAAGUGGGAGAACUUGCACAAUUGGUGGCUGACUAAAUACUUUUUUUCCCCACUGUAUAUAUAUAUAUAAAAUAGAAUUAUUGUAAAAUUAACUCUGUCCAUAAGGUGUAGAUAGUAAUUAUAGACCGGAAGUAGAGGCCUGGGCAUUGUUGUUCACUAAUUUACUCCAAGUAGGGAAAGGAUGGUGGGGUUGAAAAGUAAUAAAGGGGAGUAUAUAAAAAUAAAAAAAACAUGGGGGAUUGGAAGUGAUGCAGACAAUUACAUUGAUAGAAGAUACAAUCUAUCUGCAAUAUUAAGCUGAUCCAUUCCCCCCGAAAAAAAUAAAAUUAAUAAAAAAUUUUAUAAAAAGGUUUCUGUACCAAAUAUUAAGUUCUGCUUUUCUGAUGUAUCAAAUUCUUAUGUCAUGCAAUAAAAUGCAAAUGAAUUACUUAAAAAUCACACAAUGUGAUUUUCUGGAUUUUUGUUUUAGAUUCCGUCUCUCACAGUUGAAGUGUACCUAUGAUAAAAAUUACAGGCCUCUACAUGCUUUGUAAGUCGGAAAACCUGCAAAAGCGGCAGUGUAUCAAAUACUUGUUCUCCCCACUGUAAGUGUAUGAGCCAGUAUCACCCUUUAGCUGACAGCGUUUCCCAAACUCAGUCCUCGGGACCCCAAGGGGUGCACGUUUUGGUUUUUGCCUUAACGCUACACAGCUGAUUCAAAUGAUUAGAGCUUGGUGAUUAGUUGAUUAUUUGAAUCAGCUGUGUAGUGCUAGGGCAAAAAACUAAACGUGCACCCCUUGGGGUCCCGAGGAUCGAGUUUGGGAAACCCUGCAAGACUUAGCAUCAUUGAACUACUGAAUAAUUAUCUUCUUGCAGGGUAACACACCUCCUCUGAAAAAGUCCCAGAUAGUAAGGAAUAAAAGGGAGAUAGUAAUAUGUUUGUUCUUUUAAUGUUGAAGAUACACUAUAUGUGCUGUCUUCAACUGUAGAUAUUCCAAUCAUUUGGAAAGCUACAGAUCGUCAUGAGUGGAUAACAGUGAAGGUGCCACCCUAUAGUGGCUCUAUAUGGAACAUCCAUGUCUCAGCUUGGUUCAGACUGUUGAAUACAAAACCGUGCAGUGGAAAACACAAUGGUGCCUCUAAAAGCAGGUUUAGGACAAACUAAAGACGUUGGCCAUACUGAAAGAAGUUUGUUUGUUCUUUUUACAGUCUGACUCUUCAGACAAUGCAGAUGGUAAACAAGGUGAGUUGGCCUCUAUAUCCCAAUCAGAUAAUUAUAUUUUUUAAUUACAUUUAGUGAUAUUUAAUCUUUAUGUACACAAGGAUGGCUCAACUCAAUUAUGCCACAGCGUCUGUCUUGCCGUUCAGCUUGCCAGCUGCCAUGUGGUACAAUAAAAGUGAACAAAAUGUUUCAUUAAAUUAGAGCGCUAGGUAACACUUUGUUUAGACAGUCCCUUGUAAAAGCUCUACGAACCAUCCACACAUUUGCUGUGUAUUCUAUUUCUAAAAAGUGUUCAAUAUUGGUCUUCUUUGUUAUGUCUCUCUGUAGGAAAGCCAGAGAGUCAAACAUCGUCGAUAGACUUGUCGUCGAUAGCGCCCAGGUCUAAACCCACCAGUGUUACACUCAGACCCCCAGCACCCCAGAGCAUCAAGCCCCACAUGGGACCACACACUUUGGGACCCCUGAGCCCUGGCAGCAGCCACAGCCCAGGUAUGCAUAUGAAUAAGUAUACUUUAUUGAUAGUGAUACUCAGAUGGGAAAUAAGGGCACCAGAAACAAAAAUAGAUGAAGAAGAAGAUUACUUUGCUAUUGUGAUUUAUCUUGCCUUAAUUUGUCCUGUUGUCUGUAACCAUUCUUUAUUUGUCUAUUUUUCACCCUCAGAUGAUACCCCUGACUCCCCUCUUGGCAACGUAUCCCCAAAAGGACCACUGCCCGCCCCUCGCCUGAAGAAGGCACCCUCAGACUAUGAGAGGGAAGGGGAGAGUAGCCACAUUAAUCGUAGGUAUAUCUAUUACCCGUGUACCCUCCACCCAGAAGAACUGAUUUAGGAACAGCUCACCACAGUCCAAUGUUGAUAUUGAGAGUAAAUAGAAUAAGCAAAGCUGUUUUGCUUCACGUAAAGACAAAGGGAUUUAUUUCAGUUCACUGAGAACAUAGUAUGCUAUAGAAAUAAAGUCACUAUGUGAGUUUGGUAGUAUUGAAUAGACACCUGGUAUGAUUGAAGCAUUAAAGCAUCUUUUACCCUCAUCUCUCUCUCCAUUAGUUGAACUCACAGGAGACUCCAGCCCAUUUGACUUGGACCAAGAGACGGACAGGUCUGCUAUUGACGGGAGACAGUGGUCCUCCCUGAAGCGCUCCACUUCUGUGGCACAGGAAGUAGAGGGUCGAGAGCGCACCAAGUCCCUCCCUGCAUCUGGUUAGACCAAUUACCUUCUCUCCUUCAGCUGUUUUUUUUUAUACUUAAGACACGUACAGUAGUGUAGUGUUGGGUGUAUCAACAACUAAUGGUAGUAAAGUAAGUUGCAGCAGUUUUGGCACGUCCAAUUGUGGCCGUACCUUUUGAAUAACAUGCAGUGGAACUGGCCGUUCUCAGUAAUAGUAGUUGUAGGGGUUUCUCCUGGAGCUCCAGUAGCUAUUUCUGUUGGUUUAUUAGUAAUCACACAGCUGUGACGUCGUUUGUAGUCUCAGUAGUACCAGUAGUUAUGGUGUAGGCUACCAGUUGGAGCUUCCUCAUUGUUUAGUACCAUAUCAGCUCACACACCACUGUCUUGUGUCACUGUCCUUGCAGUGAGACCUUCAUCCAUGGUGGACCUUGCCCACUACCAAAGCCCUGGGGUGUUUGCUAAAGACAACAACACCGAAGAGGACUUCCCUCCUCCCCCUGACACGGACCAAAGACAGGACCUCAGGCCUGACAACAUGGAGGAGGACACCAUCGAUGACGACAUCCCAGUGUAGAGAGAAAAGCUACAUACUUUCCCCAAAGUGUUCCAUGGAGUGUCCAAGUGUGGAGAAUCGUAAUACAGCCAAAGAGCAAAGAACAAAAAAAAGCUUAUGGAGAAAACCAUGCCAGUACCUUAUUCUGAAUUAUCUUAAUCUAAACAAAGGCCGUUGAUUGGCUUAUUCAAUCAACCAAUAAGCACUACUGUGUUCCUAUGUCUAAUAUGCAUGUUAUGUAGAUUUAUGUCAAAAUGUAUUAAUACACUGAAAGAGACAUGGAUAUGUUGAAAAGUACACUACAUUACCAAAAGUAUG